AUGCCUCCCCCGUUGACGGACCACUCCGAUGACGAAUCGACCGGCGAUUCGAUUCCCUUCAAUGACGCCAAGGAAGUUUCCGAGACCAACGACAAGGCCGAUGAAAAUGACGGGGAUGACAACGACGAGGACGACGAUGAGGAGGGCGUUUACAUCGUCGAGAAAAUCGUCGGCCACCAGCCUCAGGGCUCCCUUCUCCUCCAGGUGAAAUGGAAGGGCUACGACGACCCUGCGGACCAAACAUUGGAGCCGGAAGACAAUCUAAUGGAGGGCGCUGAGGAUGUUGUGAAGGAGUAUUACCGUGUUCAGGGAGGUCGACCGACCAAGCCGCAAGCCCAAGGUAGAAAGCGCAAGUCGAUGACAGCAGCAAAGCCAACACCCGAGAAGACGGAACCAAAAAGGCGCAGGAAGUCGCAAGCGGAUGCUGCCGCAGAGACAGCGGACGAUUCCGACACGAUGAAAUGGAUGCCGAAGUCGAAGAAUUGGGAGCCUGAAGUUGAAAACGUCGACACUAUCAUGCGCGACCCGGAAACAUCGAAGCUGAUUGCCUACCUCCACUGGAAGAAUGGCAAAAAGUCCAAGGUUUCCAUUGAGAUGUGCUAUGAACGGUGCCCGAGAAAGAUGCUGAGUUUCUACGAACAACACCUGGUUUUCAAGGAUGCUUAAGUUGAUACCAAUUUAACUUGAUUUAGCUAUCUAUUUAUUUGUUUCUUAUUCCCGCUCCCUUCCAUGAUGCUCAAUGUGUCAGAGUGAUUUUUUCGAUGGCUCCCCGUUAAUAUAGGUCGCUCACUCUUCAGCUUCAUAUGCUGGGAUCUUGCGGGUCCCGAAUUCGCAGCGCAUGACGGGCGUUUACUGGAGUUGAGCGGAUGCGAUUUUGCGAUGUAAGAUAAUUGCUUUGGGUAAUGGUUUCAGUCCCUGAGUUUUCGGGGGUCAAUCGAGCUGUAGAUGCAAGUCCUGGGGGAGAUAGGGAGAGAAAAAGAAAGGAAGAAAAAACAAGGAAAAAAAGAAGCGCCUGGCCAAGCAGGCAGGGAGCUCGGCUUAUUUCAGGUAUUCAUGCCGGUCGUGUUUUUCUUUUUGAUGCCAUCAAUAACAUUUUCGGAGCCAC